CGCUGGGAGUGUGGGCUGGGCUACGCUGGCCCCAGCCGCCCGUGGGCAGAGUCGUCUCCGGCGGUGCGCACAGCAUUCAGGGAGACCCUCGGCGGGCGGGUGGAGGUGGACGGAGAGGGCAGUCCCUCGGAAGUGGCCUCUACAGUCAGCACCAGGGGCGGUUCCCUCCUCACCCGUGGUCACCUGGUCCAGCCUGUCGCCUGUAGGCCCGCAUGAGGAACACAAACAAGGAGCUGCAGGGCGCCGCCAGCCGCUAUGCUCCCUGCGAAAACCAGGUUUCCCAGUGUUGUCUCAGCUGCUGGGGGACUGGUAUUACCACCUUCCCGUGAAGCGGUCUGAGAAGCCCAUGGACGCCCCCCCGGCUUCCCAGAUCCCCGGCCUCAGUGACUUGAGUGAGCCUCCCAACGGGCACCUGCUGGGGCCGCGCAGGUACUGGAUCAAGGAAACUGACUCGGAGUAUGUGAAGCUCGCGAAGCGAGGCGGCCGGCCCGAUCUGCUGAAGCACCUGGUGGUGGCCGGGACCAGGAAAGCCUCCCCGGUUGCGUACUCCCUGCCAGACUGGUACAUUCACCACAGCAAGCCGCCCACGGCCGAGCAGAGGCAGAUCCCUGCCAUCUCCAUGCCGGAUUACAUGGUGUAUGAAGAGUUUAACCCCGAUCAGAACAACGGUAACUAUGAGUCCAGGAGAGGGCCUUUCGACUUUGACGUGAAAACCGUCUGGCAGAGGGAGGCGGAGGAACGUGAGGAGAAAAAAAAGGUGCGGCUACCAGCCAUCAACUCCAAGUACCCGAGCAAAGUGGGGACCCCGCUUGGCCCCAAAGAGCCUGCAGGAAGCAGACUGUCCUUCCCUCCCAUGCCCGGGCAAAAAACCAGUUCACCCACCAACUUUUCCAAACUUAUCAGCAAUGGGUACAAGGAUGAGUGGUUGCAGCAACGAGCUGACUCAGACGGGAGGGCCCUGCGGACACCGGGAGCAGCCCCACCGUCCACGUCUGCGCAAGACCCCGGAGGGCUCCAGGGUGGAGGCCCGAACCCAGACCCGGAGAUGCUCGAGGGCUCCGAGGACGCUUAAGAUUCUCCUUCUCCAAGGGCGACCACAUCUCCAUUGGCAUCCGUACCAGGAGAGCUCAAAUAAGCCCCUGCGAUCAUUUUCUGAUGGCUGAAAAAGAUGUGACUGCAUCACAACUAUACUUCUGAGGCUCCUGCUAUAUUUGACGAGCAUAGAUUCUUAUGAACUAAGUUACCUUCUAGCCGAUUGGGUGUCACUGUUGCAUAGAUGGUACCAAUGUUG